AUGAAGCCUGAUUUCUUAAAGGUUUCUGGUGCUCUUCUGCGAACUCCAGAAGAAAUUCAAAAAGCAUCACGAAUUGAAACCGCUCAAGCUCCUGCUAAGGAAGGUCUAUCUUCCAAUCAUGUCUCAAAACUUCCCGGUGCUUCUUGUAAGGAACUUCUCUGUGAUGAAAAAUAUAAGGUUUCCAGAUGUCCGUCACAGGAGCAAGAGAAUGCUGGUAUUUCACAAAGCAAUACCGAGUGCUUUACAUUCAAGGGCCACCAAACUCCACAGUGCUGCGAAUAUUCUUUACCUUCAGUAAAUCAGAAUUUUGAAAGUGUACAAAAUGAAUAUACUGUUGAACCAAAAUUGGACGGUCAUACCGCAGACAUCCUUCCAUCUCAGCAUGAGCAGCCAUUUGCUUCAAAAAAUUUACCCUUUCCUACUCCAGUGGAAGUGACUGAUGAGAUGGAGACUUCUGCAACUGUUUAUCCGACCAAUCUAGAGAACACUAAAAAUGAGAAAAAUACUAGGAUUGGAACACAGUAUAUAUUUCCAAUUCUCAAUCCUGUGGAAAAUCUUUCCAGGCAGAAAUUAUUGAAUGAAGAUUCAUCAGAACCAUUACAAUCAUAUGACAGUUCUGAUCAUAAAACAAAUAAUAUUCCUGAUGCUGGAGAGAAGAUUCAACAGAUGUCACUUGUAACAGAUCCCGAGGAAGCUGAAUUGUCUGGCACCCCGAGGUACACAUCUCCAAGCAGAUUGGAGACACCCAGAGAUAAGACACUAUUGAGACCAGAGUACCCAGAUUUAGUAACCACAAGCUUAUCUCAAUGGUUGAAACCUCCUAUCGCUAAAGAUGAACACAAUGAGAUUAAGGAAAAAUCCCACUCAGGAAAGAGUUCUUAUGAAGACAGGCCUAUCCUUGGCAUGGUUGCAGCACACUGGAAAGAGGAAGAACCUGGACAUAAAUCACCAAAAGAGUGGGAUGGAAAUGGAAUUCCAAACUCAACAAACAAGUACAAAGAGCAGGAUCAGAAAGUGAGCUGGCAUGCAACACCAUUCGAAGAAAGACUAGAGAAGGCACUCUCUGAUGAAAAUUCCUUGCCAAAAAGGAAGUUUGUACCUGGAAAGCGAGUAGAGUUUGAGGAUGAACUAAGUGAUACAGCAGCAUCUUAGAACAAUCCAGAUAUUCUUUUUUGAGGGAACAAUCAAACUUCUCUCUCUGUACACUUGUUUGAUUUCAAUCUCCAUGAAGAAUUUUCUGCACUCCUGGAUUUGAAGUGAUGGUACUUUCCCAGAUUAUUCUUUUUUCCUGCUGGUGAGACCUACAUGAAUUGCAGCAUCUCAUCUCAAUCCCAUCAAUUGCUUGCCUUGUACACAAAAAAAAUUGUAAGCCAUGAUGUAAAUGUGGAUCCUCUCUACUUAUUAGAAGAGGCGUGCAUGUAUAUUUUCAAUGAUUAAUAUUAGAAUUUUUUUUAUAGUAAAUACCACAGAGAGUUCUAUGUAAAUAGG